AUGUACGAGAUGGACGAGUGGGAGAGACUGACGACGGCCGACAACGCCAGCCCGCACCAUCCCGUCGUCGUGGGAAGCUCGAGGCACGAACCCUCCGAAGGGUCGCUGCUGAUCCGCAAGGUGGAAGCGCACGACGCCGGCAAAUACCUGUGCCUGGUCACCAACGCGGUGGGCGAGGAGCGGGCCACCAUCACGCUCGACGUGCGAUCUCCCGUGGAGGCACGUCUAGUGCCCGAGGUUCUGACCGCACACGUGGGCCAGCCGGCAUCCCUGCGUUGCGUGGCGGCGGGCCAACCCACGCCCCUGGUGCGAUGGUACAAGGACGCUCGGGAGCUGCUCGACGACGGAGCGCGUGUUCGCCUGCUCGACGACCGGCGCCUCGUGCAACUGACCCCGGUGGCCGCCCAGGAUGGCGGCAUAUACCAGUGCAUGGCCUACAACGUGCUUGCGCAGGCGCAGGCAUCGGCGCAGCUCAUUCUCGGAGACACCGCUCCAGUUCUACUGGAGUCGCCCAAGGACUCCAAGGUGAAAUCCGGUGAUUCCUUGCUCCUGAAGUGCGAAGCCACAGGUUCCCCGGCUCCCAAGAUAACAUGGAACGUCGAUGGCAUUCCAGCUCGUCACAUGAAAUCUAGCAGGGUCGACAUCAGCGAGGCCUCUCACGGCGAGAACCACCUGGCGAGCUAUGUGAAUAUCUCCCGCAUCCGGACCGACGAGGCCGGUGUCUGGCGGUGCGUAGCCGUCAACUCGGCUGGCGCGGCAGAGGCGACGGCGCGCGUGGCCGUGCGGGGACCGCCCGCCGUGCGGCCCUUCGGAUCCAACCGCACCGCCGUGGCCACCGAGACGCUGGAGUUGCACUGCGCGCUGCUCACGUAUCCGCUCAGAUCGCUGCACUGGGAGAAAGACGGGCGUAAGCUGCCCUUCCAUCACCGCCAGAAGGUGUUUGCCAACGGCACCCUGCUGGUUCUGGACACCACUGUCCAGGACGCGGGAAAGUACACCUGCGUGGCGGCCAACGAGGAAGGGCAGACAGCCAGCGCUAGCCUGCACGUCGCCGUGAAAGGCACAUACAUAAAACAGAAGUACUAG